AUGGAAGGCCUUGGUGCCCUGGAAGCCGUGCGCAACACACGCGCCUACGGAUUGCAAGUCUACAACAGAAUCACAGCCCACCCCGACGAGGUUCUGCAGAUUCCUUCUCGCGAACCUGGACGAGCAAUCCGCAUCCAUGCCUACAACACCCUCAAUCGUGGGGGCAAACCUGUCCCAGUGCUCAUCAACUUCCAUGGGAGUGGCUUCAUAGUCCCUCUGCACGGUACCGAUGACGAAUACGCCCGGGCAAUCGUCGACAAAACCGAUCAUGCCGUCCUCGAUUGCUCUUACCGACUGGCUCCUGAGAACCCUUGGCCCGCGGCAGUUCAUGAUGCCGAAGACGUGGUCAAAUGGGUACUCUCACGACCCGAUCAAUUCUCCCCGUCACAGAUCUCGAUUUCGGGCUUCAGUGCUGGUGCGAGCCUUUCGCUCAUCAUGAGUGGGGCAGUGUUUCCCCCAAAGACAUUCCGGAAUGUUGUUGCCAUUUAUCCAGCUACGGACCUGGCCGAAGACGCGGCAACAAAGACAGCUCCUGACCCAAACCCUUCGGUCGAUGCUCUACCAGCCGAGCUGAUGAACCUCUUCGUCGCUUGUUAUGUUCCUGAUGCCCAAGACCGGAAGAAUCCUCUUGUCUCGGCUGCUUUCAUUCCCGUGGAGAACUUCUCUGGUCGAUUGUUGCUUGUUACUGGUGCUUGCGAUCCACUUUGCCUCGAGGCAGAGGCCCUUGGUCAGAAAAUCAAGGAACGGGGAAAUGCUCACGUCGAAAUGAUUCGCUAUGAUGGCUGUGAGCAUACCUUUGAUAAGAUUUACACCGAAGGGUCUGUCCAAGAGGCAGCGAAAGACGACUUGAACGCAAAGGUGGCUGAAUUCAUUCAACAGUGA